AACAAACAACAAAUCCGAGUUGUUUGUAUGUUAAUGGUGAAAACAUUCAAUCAUAAAAGCUCUGUGAAAAUGUAUAGGAACAAUGUGUAUAAUAUCAUGUACACCUGGAUAUAAAAUGGAAGGCGCAUUAUGUUAUGCAUUUGUUUAACCACUAAUUUUGUUGUUGUGAGAUAUAGAGAUAAAGUUAUUUAUUUUUUUAAAUGCUGUUUUUGCAAGAUUGCGCAUUGCAGCAACAACAACAGUUAAGAAAAUAGCAACAGCAUAAUAGACAGACACAGCAGCAAUGGCCACAGCACCAACAAUAGCAGUAACAGAUGAUGGCUUAGCUUCAUCAGCAACAGCAGAAGCAACAAGAUCUUACGUCCAUGGACCAUUUAGAUGUCACUUUAGAAAUUCAGAAGAUCUUUAUGAAAGAAUAAACAUGGAUUGCAUGGCAUUGAGUUUGGUUUGGAAGCAGUUACUAUCGCAGAACUCGAGCCAGCAAAGGUCAUUCUCACAGGAAUCCAGUAUCUCCAUGGUGCAGGACCCACAGUCUAUGAACGUUGUGGAGCUUGAACCUUGGACGCCAAUUGAAAAAUAUCCAAACCGUCCAAUCAGAAAGACAGUCUGUUGCAGCAGUUAUUCAAACCUAGGAUGCUUAGUGAUAGACAUAAAUAAACACAUGCUAGUCCCUAAGUGCCUGCAUUGGCUGUUUUAAAGCCUUGCUGUCCAUUCUGAACACUUAAAUGGAAGCUCUCACCUUAGAAUUUUGGGAUAGGUCGAAACCCAGUGGCAUGGUGCAGACUAACAUCGCAGAAUGACAAAGAAGUACAAGCCUGUGACCAGCAAUAAACUAAUGUGGCCAGCUAUGUUGUGUCAUGUGACCAGCCAAGCUGUGUGUAAAGAGAAAACUAUAGUUCAUGUCUUGUGGGAUUUAUGACGCUUUAAGUGAUUUGCUGUUAUAUGUUUUUGUGAUAUAUAUAGUUAAUUAUAAUCAAGUGAAGAUUACUUGUUUAAAGUGAUUAUGUAAAGUAUUAUUUUAAGUUCAAAAGAGUGCAAGCCUGUGUUGCUACUUUGUCUGUAUUCGAAAGUUUGAUCAAGAUGUUGGUAAAACAUAGAACAUAAACAUAUUUUUUAUUACAUUGAUUUAAAACUUAAGCAAAGUUGUUUAACUAAUAUUGUUAACUUGAAUAAAUUUUCAAACAUU